AUGGCAGCAGUCUUCGAUCCAAGGUUUAAGCUUUCCAUUGUCGAAUGUUGUUUGGAAAAGCUUGACAUGAGUACACGUGAUGCAAAGUUAAAGAACUUGCAUGAGAAGCUCAGUAUUUUGUUUGAGUCAUACGACAAAAAAUCCAAGAAUAACUCACCUUCUACAGAGCCACGUGAGACUGUUUCGCAAAAAGCUUCUGGAGCAAGGUCAAUGAGACUGUUUGGGAACUACGAUGAUUUCUUUGCAUUUCGCAAAGUCAGUGGGGUUGUGAGUGGAAAAAUGCCUCUAGAAGCUUAUCUUGAUGAACCACCUCUGGACAUUAAUAAUUUUCAGAGCUUGGACAUCCUCGAUUGGUGGAAAGAUAAUACGCAUCGGUAUGGUGAUUUGCCUGCAAUGGCAUGUGAUCUGCUAAAUGAAGAAAUCGAUGGUGAUGGUGAAGAAGAGAAAGUACCAUCAUUUGAGUCCAAUGUUAAUGGGGAAGAUGAAGAUAAGGAAGCUUGA